AUGAGUGUAAUGAAUUCAGAAUUUAGGAAUGAUAAUGACUUCAUUAAGGCUGCAAUGGAACAACCAGUAGUAACAAUUGAUGAGACUCCUAAGAAGGCACCUAAGAGGAUUGCUAAGAAGCCAGUUUCAAAGGAAAAGUCAGUAAAGAUAUCACCUACAAGGAGAUCACCAAGGUUGCAUGCUCAAUCAAAGAAUGAAAACUCAAAUGGAGGAGCAUCUAGGAAGUUGUUGUUCAUGGAUCUGUUAAAUGAAGUGGAAUCUCAGGGUUUUUCUUGCCUAAGUCAAGCCACUGUUGUUGGUUCUAGCAGUACACCAGUUGAUAACUUUAAUCAUGAUUACUGGGUAGAUGAAGUAAACAACACUGCUGCAGGGGAUAACACUGAUGCAGGGGAUAAGGCUAAUGCAGGGGAUAAGACUGAUACAGGGGAUAAGACUGAUGCAGGGGACAAUAGUGAUGGUGAUGAUGAGGACAAUGUGGUGCUAGAGAACACUACUGUAGAUGAAUGUCACCCCAUUGAAGACCCAAAUGCUCCACCAAUCUUUGACAGUGAUGAAGAAAAUGAUAUUGAUUAUGAAGAUAUUGUCAAGACAUACAAAGUUGGAGAUGAAAGCAGUGAUUCAAGCAGUAGUGAAGAAGACAAUGAAGAAGUUUCUAAUGAUGACAAGAAUAAUGAUAAGGAUAAUGAUGGUCCUGAAGUAAAUGAUGAUAAAUAUUCCAAACCAAAGCUUGAUUACCAGAAGUGGAAAGAAAUGUUCAAUAUGCACAGUGAUGAAGAAGAAGAACCAUUAUUUCUGAUACCCAUCUAA